AUGGAUUUCUUCUUCUUCUUCUUCUUCUUCUUGUUCCUGGGUACAUCACUUUGUUCGGGUCAUCUUCACCCUGAUUCAGUUAUUCAGGAGGAAUGGAGUUUAAAGGCGGAGAAGAAAGCAUUCUACUCAGAGUCACAGGACUACCAUAAUGAUAUCAUAGAGUAUUUGAAGAAACUGAAGGAGAAUUGGGAAAGCUGCAAAUACCCAGAACAAGAAAUUGUGCAGAAUUUAUGGAGGUCAAAAAUGGUUUGUAAGAAAAGGGUUUUCUCACAUUCACAUGAGUCCAGGCAUGGCAACGUUGAGCAGGAUGUUACAGUAACUUCUGAAUCUUGCUCUUGGGUUGCAGAUGAGAAAGCAUGCAGCAGUGAUAACCAGAAUUCUUCUGUUGUGAAGGAUGGAAAGAUACGAAGAAGUUUGUACGAAAAAGGGACAAUCAAAGAAAAAGGUCAACUGCUCUCAACUGCUCCUGAUUAUGUGCCGAGUGUGGAAGCAAGACCCAAAAAAGGUGACAAGAUACACAAGCGCAAUAUUCAGCAUUGUGAUGGUGCUAAAUAUAUGUCAUGUUUUAAGAUAAGCAAGAAGCAGCUCGAUCUUUUAAAGAAUAUGGAGCAGUCUGGUAGAAGCAUUCAAUCAAAGUCUAUCAUCCAUGUUUUAGGUGACAUUGAUACUUUACAUGUCCAACCGUAUGAAGUAUUUUUAGAAGUAGAACGGAGGAAGCUGCGUGAACAUUGGUUGAAACUGGUAAAGGAAGAUAUCCCUUCAUCAUAUGCAAACUGGAGAGAAACACAGUUGCAGAAAUGGAAAAUGACCAAGUCGUUGGAGCAAGAGAUGAAAGAAAAGCUAAAUUUGCUGCUGGAGGUUGAGGACGAUGAAGAUAAAUUAAAGCUUCAGGAUCAGGAAGACAAUGUUGAUACAAACUCGGCUGCUCUAGAUGUAGAGGAAGAGGAUCCUGAGAAGUUGCUGGAAGAUGAGAAGGAUACUGAAGCCACAGAAAGUGAGUCCAGCAUGGAAGAUGGGGAGUCUGUUCUGGCCUUACCAUCGAAUCAGUCCCCACAGCAGAUUUCUUCUAUUGAUAGUGGCCAGCUGUGCAAUCACGUAGAGUCUGAAAAGGAUAAUAUCUCAAAACCAGAUGUUGCAUCUUCAGAUGAAUCUGAACACUCAGACGAUUUGAACACUGCUGGUGCAACUGUUAGUCAGGAAGUUCCCAUCCGUUCUGCAGAAAUUGUCUGGUCAGCAGGUAGCAUACCACACUCUUACCAUGAGUCCACUGCCAGCCAUAAAUGCACAUCUACCAGUGGAUUGCCAUUCAUUCAUCAAGACACUGAAGACCAGAACCGAAUGACUGGUCUGGAAUCAGACUUGCAUAAAGGAAGUGCUGGGAAGGCUUUGUUGCAUAGUCAUUCUGAAGAUGGCCCCUUUAGUUCUUAUACAAAUCAGGACCAAAAUGAGUUGCUUCAAUCUUUCGUCAAGGAUCGGGGAGUGUCGUCAUAUCAUACUGAGCAGAAACAUUUAGGGGCAGAUUUCCAGCCCCCAAAGAUUCUAUUAAUGGAAGAUGAUCAUUUUAACGGCCAAUUUGAGGAGCAGUUGCAGUCUUCACUUCUGUUAGAGCAGAGGCAAAAGAGGCAGAAUGAGGUUUUUAUGCCACAAAAUAUUUACUCUGCUGACGGCAGAUCCUUGACUGCAAGGCGAGAACACCUGCCUUUGGGACACAUGCAAGAUUGGGCCAUCCCUUCUGCCCGCAUGCCGGUACCUUUCCAACAUCAGUUGAAUAGUAGAGAUAUGUUGAGUCAAAACUGGUUUACUGGAGAGCAUCAAGUUAGUGGUGGAUGGGCUGGUUCAGAUGGUUUUAGUGGCCAAAGUCAGAAUAUUUUGAGUGCAAGCAAUGCAGAUCAGAGCCUAUUUAGUGUUCUAUCUCACAGUAACCAAUUUCAUUCGAGCAGCCCUUAUGAAUCAAUGGGCUCCACCGAGCAGUUCAUUCUGCAGAGGAACAAUGGAAUGAUGAGGGGGAGAAUUCCUGGAAUAAUUGGAAAUAGUAUGCCGCAAGCUGCUCAUCCACUUGAUUAUUUAGGUUCAUGUGAUACAACUACCCCCCUGAUGACCGCUGAUGAUACAAGCUGGAUGAACUUGACACAUCAGAAUUCUGCUUUGCAUGAUCCAAUGGUAAAACCAUAUUUAAGGUCAUGGAAUCAAUGAAGAGGUCCUUUUUUCUAGUUUGUUUCUGAGAAGUGGGAGUAAAGUUUAUCACUUAUGAGCUUUCUCAGAUAAUUUGGAGGUAUGCUGAAUGGACGCUUCAUUUGAUGCGAGUUGUACUGGAUAUGAAGUUCGAAAGCCAGGUGCUGCUCAUAAUUGUCUAGAUGAUGCAUGUGCUGCAAUGAAACUGGUUCUUACUAAGCUAGAGCGUGGUGAAAUCACCCUGGUUCCAGACGCACCUGAACCGGAAAGGGUGAAGCUACUACUCCACAGAAUACCAGUCAAUGUUCGUAGAGAAGAAAUUUCCAAAGUCAGUCCUGGAGCUGUUGCAAUUGAACCAAAAGCUGAUUAUAUCUUCUUUCAUGGCACUUGAAAGUUGAUCUAAAUUCUUAAAUCUCAAAUAACCCUUUCAUUACAGAAUCUGUUCUUGUGUCUUUAAUAGUGUCAAUUUGUGAAGAAUUGGUCAAUGACAUGGGUCUUUGAAAAGCUUUCUCCCUUCAAGCUCUCUUUUUCUUAUCUUCAUUUCUCAUUACCAAGUUUCUAAUAUGGUGAACUAUUUGUUGGCAGCCAUCUAAAGUGCUUCAAGGUCGUCAUUACUCCGCAUUUGCUGUCUUUAAUA